AUGCCUGGACCAGAUUUGUUGUCGAGCCAAGGUUUGCGCCUUGAUGGUCGAAGACCUAAUGAGUUACGUCGAAUUCGAUGUAAGUUAGGUGUUUUCACACAGCCGGAUGGUAGCGCUUAUUUAGAACAAGGAAACACGAAAGUUUUAGCAGCCGUAUAUGGUCCACAUCAGGCAGCAAAAUCAAAGAUGUCUACUGAGGGAGUUGUAGUUAAUUGCCAAUAUAGUAUGGCAACAUUUUCUACAGGUGAAAGGAAAAACCGACCUAGAGGUGAUAGAAAAUCACAAGAAAUGUCACUACACCUUAGGCAGGCUUUGUCAUCUGCUAUAAAAACUGAACUGUAUCCUCGCUCUCAGAUUGAUAUCUACAUUGAAGUAUUACAGGCAGAUGGCGGUGCGUACUGUGCGAGUGUGAAUGCAGCAACGCUCGCGUUGAUAGACGCAGGCGUACCUUUACGAGCAUACGCAUGUGCGUGCACGUCGUCAGUCGCAUGGUGUGGGAGUCAGCCUGAGCCUCUACUUGACGUUGGACACGUUGAAGAGGCAGCUGGAGGAGUUUGUUUAACUGUAGCAGCACUCCCCAGUACAGGUAGCAUAGCUUUAUUGGAAAUGUCACAUCGCUUACAUAUGGACUACUUUGAAGUUGUUAUCACUAGAGCAAUGCAAGGGUGUCGAGAUAUUGAGGUUAUUUUGGAUAAGGCUGUGAGGGAACAUUUAGCUGAAGGAUGGACAAAGCAAGAUAUUGUUACUAUAUGA